AUGAGCAAUACAGUAGAUGAGCUGUCUGCCCUGGAAAUCUUCAGAGAGGAAGUUUCUGGUGGAACCUUGGGGAAAAAAGGGGCUGAAGUCGAAAUUUUCCUUGUAAACGCGGCGAUUCCCUUGGGUAGGAUCCAAGAGCCCGCCCUCUGUCAGAGCCAGCCCGGAACCGCCAGUCAGGAGCACCGCGUUUCCUUGCUGGGGGGUGGUUACUUCCGCUCCCGGAGGUUUGGUGUACCCGAGGCCGGUCGGCGGCCGGCAAGGCACUUCCUGUGUCUGUUGCCAGGGCACGAGCCUGGUGGGGCCGUAGGGGCGACACUGUGGGUGUCGUCCUCUCCCCCCUCCCCGGGGGUCGAGAUGUCGGGGCUCAGUGGCCAAGAAAUGGAGGGCUGUCGUAACUUGCUCGGCCUGCUGGACAACGACGAUAUCCUGGCCCUGUGCGACACUGUCACCAACCGCCUGGUGCACCCCGAGAACCGCCAAGAUGCCAUUCGUGCAAUAUUAACAUAUAGUCAAAGCGUAGAAGAACUUCUGAAGCGUAAAAAAGUCCACCGAGAUGUCAUAUUUAAAUACUUGGCAACACAAGGAGUUAUAAUACCUCCAGCUACUGAAAAACAUAAUCUCAUUCAGCAUGCAAAAGAUUACUGGGGCAACCAGUCACAGCUGAAAUUGAAGGAAACGUCAGUACCGGUUAGAAAGACAGAGAACAUCCAACUCUCUCAACAGCAGGCAAAAGAAGAUAAAAAAGCUGAAAAGAUUGAUUUCCGACGCCUAGGAGAAGAAUUUUGUCACUGGUUCUUUGAACUUCUAAAUUCUCAGAAUCCCUUUCUGGGACCACCUCAAGAUGAGUGGGGGCCACAGCACUUUUGGCAUGAUGUCAAGCUUAGGUUUUAUUACAACACAUCAGAACAAAACGUGAUCGACUACCACGGAGCGGAAAUGGUGAGCCUCCGUUUGCUGUCACUAGUGAAAGAAGAGUAUCUGUUUCUGAGCCCCAACCUGGAUUCGCGGGGACUCAAGUGCGCUUCCUCGCCGCACGGGCUAGUUAUGGUUGGCGUCGCAGGGACUGUCCACCGAGGGAACUCCUGCUUGGGUAUUUUCGAGCAGAUAUUUGGACUCAUCCGUUGUCCUUUUGUGGAAAACACUUGGAAAAUCAAAUUUAUCAACUUGAGAAUUGUUGGAGAGAAUUCCCUUGGUCCCGGAUCAUCACAAAAACCGGCAGUUACGUUUGAGCAGAGUGAUCUAGAGGCCUUUUAUAAUACCAUCACUGUAUGUGGUACGACCGAAGUACAGGACGUACAAGUUAAUGUAAAGCAGGCACUGGAUAGUGGAGAUGGCGACCAAGCUUUAUGUGGUGGAAAUGAGGCGUUGUUGGGCAAAAGAGAACUGAGUUUACCUGACUCUCUAACGCAUUGAUCACCGUGUGUCAGCCUAAAAAAUUUAUACAUAAACUCUUCCAAAAACUCAGUCAUGUCAAAGCGAUUUCAGAUGUGGAGAUUGACAUAUUUUAGUUGGCAAACCUUUCUGGACUGCAGACUGGCGCAUUACAUGAAUCCUUGGCUGUUUCUGAGUUACAGCAGAUGUUAAGAGAGCCUAAUACAGUUCAUCAAAUAAAUCCCACUUUAGGUGUUGUAGCUAA